CUACAAUUUUUUUUUAAUUUAUUGCAAAUUUUUUCUGAAAUUCUAUACUCCUACUUAAGUCAAAUAAAUAUAAAACCACCGCGUUUUGAAUACAAUAUAACUAAAAAACAAAAUAGAAGAAAACAUGAUGAAUCCUUGUACGGUCGCCACCCAACGAAAAGACAAUGAAGGCGAUGAUAGAUGGCUAAGUAUACACAAACGCUUUAUUUCGGAGUGCCGUGAAAAAGAUCCUGAUGUCAUAUUCUUGGGCGAUUGCAUAUUGGAGACAUUGCAGGACACGGAAACAUGGCAUGACUAUUUCGCACCCAUGCAUUGCCUUAACUUCAGCAUACGUGGUGAUCGUUGCGAAAAUGUAUUGUGGCGUGUGGAAAACGGCGAAUUAGACAAUGUUAAACCAAAAAUUGUAGUUCUACAUGUUGGCACCAAUAACGUCGACAAUAUACCGGAAGAAAUUGCUGAUGGAAUAUAUGAAAUCAUACAGAGUAUACGUUCAAAAUUACCCGAUGCUUAUAUCGUUUUACCUUCUCUACUACCUCGUGGUCAUCAACCGAAUAAAUUACGUGAUAAAAAUGCUCAAGUCAAUAGUCUUAUUAAAGAGAAAGUUGUGGGUCUUAAUCGUGUACAAACUGUGGACAUUGCAAAAGGUCUAGUACAGAUGGACGAUUCAAUUAGUCAUCAUGAUAUGUUCGAUUAUAAGAAUCUUACAAAUACAGGAGCCAAAAAGGUCUUUGAACCAGUACAUGACUUACUGUCUCAAAUACUCAAUGAAAAUGAACAGGAACGUGAUCUCACACCAUCUGAAUAGUUUGUUUUGAUUUGUCCCUUCUCAACAAGUUACUUUCGUUUUAACACUGUAACUACUAUAAUUAUUAUUAUGUUCACAUGCAGCGCCGCUCUAAAUAAUUAUUUUUUUAUAUUAUCAGUCAUUUUACUAUAUUUUUAUAAUUAUGAAAAAAUCCAUUUUUAGAUUUUUUAAUCACAUCCCAUUUUUUUAUUAUUUUAUAAAAACUAAGUUUCCUUAUGCUAAAAUUUGCUUUGCAAAUUUGUAUUUACAUUUUUUAAUUAUUUAAGUUUAUCAUUAUUUAAAGAAACCAAGAAAAAAAAUUCCAUUUCUCAAACCAUUUCAGCAUUUCGAACUCAAAAGUCUGUUUAGCUUUUCUUUUUUUUAAUGAAUGUACGUACUGCAAUUAUAUUUUAGCUUUUAACCAAAUUAGUUUAAGCUGUAAAACAUGUUGAUAGUAAUGAUCAAGGCUAAUUAAUUUGCCUUGGUAAUGAUGAUUGAUAUUUUUGAAUGCUUAAUUUAAAUAUUUCGAAUUUAUAACAAAAACGCAGAAAAAGAACUACUUACUCUUACAACUUGAAGGUUUUAUUAGUGUAUCCAUUCCAAAGUAAUAUAUAUUUUUAAGUUUUUUAUUUAAAUUUACUUAGUAAUUUAGAUUGCAAAAAUUUGUACUCAAUCACAAUUUUAAAUAUACAUACAUCAUAGAUAGACCCUAACUAUUAUCUGUGUUUGAAAAUAAUUAAACACGCAGAACACAAAAAAGAGAAGAGCAAUUGUCUAAAUUUAAAUGGAAAUAAAUAUAACUUUUUUUAUUGCAAAACUCAUAAA